AUGCAAAGGUUCACUAAAAUUAUUUCAAGAAUCAGUUGGGGACCGAUGAUUUGGAUCAAAAUGAAACUGUGUUUUGCUGUUCUUCUUAUUUGUAUUCCUAUCGUUGCCACAUUCCGUUUCAAGAGAGCAGCGUGUGAUUCUACUUUUGGAGAUUGGUCUGAGUGGACAAGUUGUGACAGUGAUUGCGGAUUCUGCGGAACUCAGACUCGCACCAGAACUUGCGCUCCAGUAAGUGGAUGUACUGAUGUGACCUGCUCGGGAGAUGCUACUGAAUCUCAAGCGUGCAGUACCACCAAUGAUAUUUGUUUGGCACCAAGCCCGUCGUGCUGCCCACAUACCUACAAAAAGAAAGCGGACAUUGCAGAAAGACGUUUCUAUUGUGAAUUAGAAUAA